AUGAUUAUAUCCCUAGAUAUAUCAGUAGCUAACUGUGGCGACGACACUGUGAGUGUGUUGCUUGGCAAGGAUAAGAUUAAUUUUCGAAAAUCAGCAACAUACACAGUGGGUAUUUCGUCGGCAUCAGCUGUGGUAUCAGGAGAUUUCAAUAAUGAUAUGAAAAUCGAUUUGGCAGUGUCCGACAAGUGGAGCAAAACUAUCAACGCACUACGCGGUUAUGGAAAUGGAAGCUUUAAAACUGUAUGGUAUUGUAACAUUGGUGACAAGCCCCACGAUAUGAUGACGGUGGAUUUUAAUAAUGAUAUAUACUUAGAUUUAAUAAUAGCCAACUAUUUGACUAACACCGUUGGUGUGUUACUUGGCAAUGAAAGCGAAACUUUUCAACUGCAAAAAAAUUAUAGUACUGGUUACAAGCCAUUAUCGAUAAUAUUUGGUGAUCUCAACAAUGAUAGGAAAGGCGACUUAGUUGUGACGAAUUCAAUAUCCCAAGAUCUCUCGGUUUUUCUGAAUGUUUACCAGUAA